GCCCUUCACAUCAGCGCGCGUGGACAGUAUCUCCGGUAACUGUACCGUUCAGGGUUCCGGUAGCAGCAGUUUGUGUGAAUCCUUUAUUCCUCUUUAAAUCUAUGGAGAGGGAAAAAACCCAGAAUAGUACCAUAACUAAAUAACAGAGGGGGUGGUUUUGGUUUUCAUACUAUUUAGUAGGCUAGUGUGGGUUAAAUUCGGACGUAGUCAUGGAGACCCUCGAGCGCGCGACCGUUGGUGACGUUUUAACCUGAAAUAGUGUUUAGAUUGAACGACAGCGUCCAGGGUUUGUUUUUGUUUUUUUGUUUUUUUAUAAUGAUUAUUAGUAUUUUUAGUGCGUUCUCGCGCUUAUCUUGUCAAAAUGACACCUUUGACACCUUUCUUUAAGCUUGCUUUCAUUUUUCAGCAUGUUUAUCAUUGUAACAUGAUCCAGAAGGUAGAGUUUCAGCUCCAUUAGUUACAAAGCAACUGAAAUUGCUCACUUCAGGACACCUGAGAUGGCUUACGUCAUGGACUCAGCUCAGGUAGACCCAGGUGGUUCGGUCCUAGAGCAGCUAGGUUUGGACCCGAACUCGGAUUUCUCAGACUCGGGUGUGCAGCAGCGUCUGGAGGAGCAGCGCGAGAGAAUCCGCAGAGAGAUCCGCAAAGAGCUGAAGAUCAAAGAGGGAGCGGAGAACCUACGGCGCGCCAUCAGCGACAAACGCAAUGCACACCAGGUGGAGAACCAGUUACGCUCCUCCAAACGCAGACUGGACGCACUACACACACAGCUGCAAGAGCUUGACGCACACAUCAUGGUGAAGGGACCCGAUGACAACAAGGAUGACCUUCCGCAAUCGGGAACGGUGGGCCGAUCGUCAGCCAAUCAGGAGCGCAUCAUGGCUCUGGAACGGCAGCUCAACAUCGAGCUGAAGGUCAAACAGGGAGCAGAGAACAUGAUCCCCAUUUACGCCAACGGAGCCACUAAGGACAAAAAGCUGCUGCAGGCCACACAGCAGAUGCUGCAGGACAGCAAGACGAAGAUCGACAUCAUCCGCAUGCAGAUCCACAAAGCCAAGCAGGCCACGGAGCACACGGGCGACACACAGGGAAAUCCAGAUCUGUGUGGCGUGGAGUUGAGGAUUGAGGAGUUGUGGCAUCACUACCGUGUAGAGCAUGCCAUGGCUGAAGGAGCCAAGAACAUGCUGAGACUGCUGGGAGCAGGAAAAGCUCAGGACAAGAAGGCUAUCACAGAGGCUCAGGGCAGGCUGACGGAGGCAUCUCAGAGGCUGGAUUUGUUGAAGGAGUCUCUGGAGCAGAGGCUGCAGGAGCUUCCGGAGGAUCAUCCCAAAGCGUGUCUCAUUAAAGAGGAACUCAUCCUGGCAUCCUCCUCAGCGUUCAGUGGCCGAAACAGCACCCCCUACGUACACAACCAGUACAGCACGCUCAGCAAGCCAUCUCCACUCACAGGCAGUCUGAAGGUGCACUUGUUGGGGUGUGUGGGUUUGUUGGACAUGGUCCCUGGCCGCAGCAGGAGCUCAGCUGUAGUGUUGCCGAAUUUCAGCCCUGGUGAUGGGCGAUCCUUCAAACUCAGCAGCCUGAGCCUCAAAAUGCCCGGCAAGACUGAAGAGCUCUCCUCUGAGGUGAGUGCAGUGUUAAAGCUGGAGAACACCGUGGUGGGUCAGACGAGCUGGAGGACGGUGGGAGAGCAGGCCUGGGAGCAGAGCUUCACUAUCGAACUGGAGAGGUCCAGGGAGAUGGAGAUCGCCGUAUACUGGAGGGAUUAUCGUUCUCUCUGUGCGCUCAAGUAUCUCAAACUGGAGGAUUUUCUGGACAAUGAGAGACACAGGAUACACCUAGAGCUGGAGCCACAGGGCUUACUGCUAGCUGAGGUGACAUUCUUUAACCCCGUAAUAGAGAGAGGCCCCCGACUGCAGAGGCAAAAGAAGAUCUUCUCCAAACAGCAGGGUAAAGCGUUCCUGAAAGCCAAGCAGAUGAACGUGGACAUCGCUACCUGGGUGCGCCUGCUGAAGAACGCCAUCCCAACCAGCACCUCAGCCAACAGCUACUCACACAACUCACACACACACCACACAGGAGUAAUCCCAGAAGAUAAGAUAGGCGUGGAGAGUGCAUCUCCUCCACGAUCAUCUGAGAGCCAGAGGAGAGAGAGCUCAGAUGCAGUCUCUCCCCCUGAUGUAGCUCCAGAGCGGUCGAGCAGGCGCGGCUCCCACAGUUCCCAGCGCAGGCCAAGCAGAGGGCCGCUCUGUCUGCAGGAUUUUCGACUCAUUGCUGUGUUGGGAAGAGGGCAUUUUGGCAAGGUGUUGCUGUCUGAGCACAAGAACUCCAGGACGCUGUUCGCCAUCAAAGCCCUGAAGAAGGGAGACAUUAUCGCCCGAGACGAGGUGGAGAGCCUGCUGUGUGAGAAGCGGAUCUUUGAGACAGUGACCGGCUCACACCACCCGUUCCUGGUGAACCUGUUUGCGUGCUUCCAGACGCCGGAGCACGUGUGUUUUGUCAUGGAGUACACGGCCGGAGGAGACCUCAUGAUGCACAUCCACGCUGACGUCUUCUCCGAGCCACGCUCCGUGUUCUAUGCUGCUUGUGUGGUUUUGGGCCUACAAUUUCUUCAUGACAAUAAGAUUGUAUACAGGGAUCUGAAGCUGGAUAACUUGCUGCUGGACACUGAAGGCUUUGUGAAGAUCGCUGACUUCGGCCUCUGCAAAGAGGGGAUGGGGUAUGGGGACAGGACCAGUACGUUCUGUGGUACUCCGGAGUUUUUGGCCCCAGAGGUUCUGACUGACACGUCGUACACGCGAGCGGUGGACUGGUGGGGGCUCGGGGUGCUCAUCUACGAGAUGCUGGUUGGAGAGUCUCCAUUCCCAGGUGAUGACGAGGAGGAGGUGUUUGACAGUAUUGUCAAUGAUGAAGUACGUUACCCACGAUUCCUUUCCACAGAGGCCAUUAGCCUAAUGAGACGGUUGCUAAGGAGGAACCCCGAGAGGAGGCUGGGCUCCACUGAAAGAGACGCGGAAGAUGUGAAGAAGCAGCCGUUCUUUAGGGAUGUGGACUGGGAGGCCCUGCUGCAGAGGAAGGUGGUCCCUCCCUUCGUGCCCUCGUUAGGAGGGAAAGAGGAUGUGAGUAACUUUGACGCGGAGUUCACGAGGGAGGUGCCCACUCUCACUCCGCCUCGCGAGCCCAGGACCCUGUCACGCAAAGACCAGGACUGUUUCAAAGACUUCGACUACAUCUCGGACCUGUGCUAGGGUACAGAGAACAAGGGCUAAAGAAACACGGACCAUACGCUGACCAUAUACUGUGACUGGGAGAUUUGGGCUGUGUUCCAGUCCUCCUCAGAUAGCCUUCCAGAUGCUCCUUUUUCUCUGUGUAAGGCAGCAAAAUAGGGGAGGAUCGAGUCAGUGACUCAGAAUCAUGAAGGAGGCAAAACAGCACGUGACCUGUAUAUCAGUCACACUGUGUGUCACACUGCAGGGUCGAGAGAGGACAGGAGAGGAAUUUAGGCUAUCCAUUUACAUUACAUGAAGAUCACUGAAACAAUUCGGGUAUAUAGAAUAAGAGAGCUGCAUGAGCUGCAUCAACUCAUCCCCAUCCCAUCCUCACACUCCCCGCCUCUGUCCAGAUCUACAUCUUCAUACCUGCUCCAACCUCACACUCUCUGAUUACAUAACCUUAUCUCUUCUGCUUUACACAUGAUUCUUUUCACUUUUCACCAGACUGCACAAAGCAGAAAUGUCAAAUAUUUGACCUUGAAACUCUGAAACCCAUUUUGUUCUGCCUGUCAGGCGUCCGUUUAGCACAAACACAAGGUCAAAACUGCUAUUUUUGCUAAAAGUCCUGUCCCAUUUCUUUUACUUAAAAGGCUCCUGAAUAAAUAAAACUGAAUAAUUGUUUUUGCAGCAAAAAAAUAAUAAUAAUAAGAGCUGAGUUUCUGAGUUUCUGCUCACAAGCAGCUUAUUUAAUAUAAACAAUUAGAUAAUAAUUAGAGCUUACAUUUAGAAGCAUUAUAUAACUAUAUAUACAUAUUAAGUUGCUCCCUUUUUCUAUAGUGUGAUUACUAAAUUGAGCUGCUUCAUGUAAUUUGUGCUACUUGAAGUCGUCAGAUUAAUUGCAUUUACAGCUUAGGUGGUAAAUUUUGUGGCUCUGGAGAAUUAAAAUGUUGGCACGCGCAUGCCAUCCACAGUAUUAGUGCAGGACUGUCGCAACAUGGGUCUAUUCAAAACAGAGACUGAACUCCGCCAGCUCAAGUAAAGCUCACCUACAGUUUCUUUAGAUGAAUAAAAAUAAACCAAAACAUGGGCAGAAAUGUACUGAGUACAAACACAGUAGCUGCUGUAAAUCCUGAGCCAGCUUUAUGAUUAUGAUUUCUUGUCUCUUGCAAGAAAAAGAAGAAAACUUUUAUUAGUCUCUCCAGGUUUCUACACCAAUUAAUUAGCCAAUCAGCAGCUGAUCAUGCUUUCAAAUCUCUAUAUAUCAUCCCUUUCCAGCUCAAACAGGAGGGAGCUGUGAUCUGGAUAAACGAAUCAGAUUCCCCAGUUACUCUGUGUGGAAUCCUCACCGUGAGGAGGAUCUCUCGGAUUUGAUGAGUGUUGUAUGAAGAGCAGGACUGUGAUCCGCUGUGCUUGCAGCACAAUCAGGAAAAUAGACGCACAUAGAAAACAGAACUUUAAUCAAAAGGAAUUGUUUACAAACAUCACUUUUUUUUGCACAGUUUUGAUGUCUGUGUUGAGAAUGUGCAAAAAAAGUGACAUUUAUAAAUGAAUUCUUUACAAACAUCACUUUUUUCUGCACAGUUUUGAUGUCUGUGUUGAGAAUGUGUGAAAAAAGUGACAUUUAUAAAUGAAUUCUUUACAAACGUCACUUUUUUUCUGCACAUUUCUGAUGUCUGUGUUGAGAAUGUGUGAAAAAAGUGACAUUUAUAAAUGAAUUCUUUACAAACGUCACUUUUUUCUGCACAGUUUUGAUGUCUGUGUUGAGAAUGUGUGAAAAAAGUGACAUUUAUAAAUGAAUUCUUUACAAACAUCACUUUUUUCUGCACAGUUUUGAUGUCUGUGUUGAGAAUGUGUGAAAAAAGUGACAUUUAUAAAUGAAUUCUUUACAAACGUCACUUUUUUUCUGCACAUUUCUGAUGUCUGUGUUGAGAAUGUGUGAAAAAAGUGACAUUUAUAAAUGAAUUCUUUACAAACGUCACUUUUUUUCUGCACAUUUCUGAUGUCUGUGUUGAGAAUGUGCGAAAAAAGUGACAUUUAUAAAUGAAUUCUUUGCGAACGUCACUUUUUUUCUGCACAUUUCUGAUGUCUGUGUUGAGAAUGUGCGAAAAAAGUGACAUUUAUAAAUGAAUUCUUUACAAACGUCACUUUUUUUCUGCACAUUUCUGAUGUCUGUGUUGAGAAUGUGCGAAAAAAGUGACAUUUAUAAAUGAAUUCUUUGCGAACGUCACUUUUGUUCUGCACAUUUCUGAUGUCUGUGUUGAGAAUGUGUGAAAAAAGUGACAUUUAUAAAUGAAUUCUUUACAAAUGUCACUUUUUUUCUGCACAUUUCUGAUGUCUGUGUUGAGAAUCCCCAUCCUGGUCCAAGGCAAGUUGAGGAGAAGUGAAGUCUGCUCUGUACAGUAAAAUGUGUCGUCUCUUUGUGGAACUAGUUCAUAAAUGUUGUAGUUUUGAAUUGCUGCAGUGUUAAAAACAAAAGCCUCUCCUCCUUCGUCUUGUCGCUGAUUUUUUUUUUACAUUUUAUCCCCAUAUACAAGAAUAAGCACAGUGUUGCGGCUGUCCUCGUUCCCCUGCAGCUCUCGAUGUAGCAGCACCAUGUAGUCAAACGUGUCUCCAUUUAUUGCCUCAUCCGGAACUCGGCUUGUCCUUCCUCUCUCCUCCUCCGCCACCCUUUUCAUCUGCUCGAGCUCAGGAUGUUGGGCUCAAAGUGCUGUGAUACACGCGCACACACACACACACACACACACACACUCACACACACACACCACAGGAGGGAGCCAGAACACACUUUAUCUCAUAACAUUAACACCAUUCAGAUGUGAACCUGACCAGUACGGGACCGUAAAGAGUGAGAGUGAGUGAGAGAGAGAGAGAGAGAGAGAGAGAGUGUAUUUGUGUGUGUGUGUGUGUUUGCAAAAUCCACACCUUUACUUUCUUUGUUAAAAAAAAAAAAUGUGAGUUUAUGUGACUUAAGUUUCAUCUGCCAGCUGUGAUGUCAUAACCUCGUCUGGGUCAUGGGGUUUAACUUAAAAUAAAUCAAUAA